GCUCUAAUCUCUCUCUCUCUCUCUCUCUCUCUCUCUGCAAUCAGACCACUUCUUGGCGAUUCGGACUUCAGAACCGCAGGCGCUCUCUUCUUGAUGCGAUGCACUCAGCGUGAAAGAAGAAAGCGAAAUAGGGCAAUGCUUUGGAGGCUGGAAAGACAAUCAUAAUUGCGCUUUUGAGCACUUCUCGCUCUAUCAAUGAUAUGGGAUCUCUUGUGAUGGGAUAUACUGUCUAUUAAGAGUAGAAUUUGAGACGUGUGAUCUAAGAUCGAAAUGACUAUACCUCAAAGCCAAAAAAUUGGACGUCCAUUGAUGAAGCUUAUCAGAUUGAGAGGAUGGCCUAUUCUGCAGCAGCUGCAUAUUGAGGAGCAGUUACUUCGGACCUCAUCGGAAAAUUGGUGUAUUAUAAAUGAUGGCACGAGGGAACCUACCAUUGUCAUGGGUGUUUCUGGGAAACCUGCCGAACUGCUUGAAAUUAAACCAGUGUUACACGAUCAGGUACCUGUCAUCAAAAGGUUCACUGGGGGAGGCACUGUUAUAGUGGAUGGUGGGACAAUCUUUGUUACAUUCAUAUGCAACAAGGAUGCUGUGCCUGAUGUGCAGCCGUAUCCUCGACCCAUCAUGUCUUGGAGCAGCCUAAUAUACAAUGAAGUGUUCCAAGAAACUGGCAAUUUCCACCUCCGCGAGAAUGAUUACGUUUUUGGGAAUCGCAAGUUUGGAGGGAAUGCACAAUCCAUCACUAGAGGCCGGUGGAUCCAUCACACAUCUUUCCUGUGGGACUAUGAAAUCAGAAACAUGGCUUAUCUGAAGCUUCCUUCACGUGCUCCCGAAUAUCGAUCGGCAAGGGGUCAUUUGGAAUUUGUAUGUCGCAUGAAGGACUACAUAUCGAGGUCAGAUUUCAUCGGCAGAACAAUAAGGGUACUUGGAACCCAUUUUUCUGUGGAACCUGAGGAGUUGGAAGCAAUUCAAACCGUGUCGAGUACAAAUUUUUCCCCCUCAUCGAGGCUGCUGACGACGCAGGAAAUAGAAUCAGCAUUAUGCGAAGCAGAGUCUCGGAAGUCUCUUGCUUGUUCCGCGUCUUCAUGAUAAUUUACUGAUGCUGUUCUGCUACCGAACUAUUUACCAAUCUUGCUAAUGCACGAGUUCCAAUUGUAUGAGUCCUUUCAGUUGAAUUCGGUCGCCAGACUUUCUGAUUCGAAACCGGUAAAAUUACCUGGAAAGCCUCUCUUUUAGCAAUUUGGAUUUUCAUUCUGAUGCCGGAGUACGGAGAGAGCUUUUGGAUGUGGUUUCGCAA